UUAUCGUAGUCUUUACCUUAAAGUAUAACUCGCCUGUUGAGGCAACUGUUGCUGUGAUUUAGCUUUAUAUAAAUAAAAUGGAAUUGAAAUGGAACGGGCUCAGCGGGGCAGUCAUUUGCUGCGACCAUUUGGGCUGAGGGGAGGGAGACAGAAGAAAAGACACACACUGUGGAAAAUGAUUUUAAAUGAACAACUUCCUAUAUUAAAGACCACCUAAACUGACAUCAUAACGAUGUAAAACAUUAACCUUUAUGACAAAAAACUGAGGUGGUCUUUUGUGCUAAAAAACUCAUAUUUGCAACUUGUGUGACAUCCCAUCAUCGGGGUCUCUGCGGCUCACCACCUUGGCUUAAAAAAGGUAUUCUUUGAUGACUGCCACUGCAGAUGCCUAUAUCUCAAACAACAUAAAAGACUCAGCCAGGGUGCUACUUUGCUGAUUGCUGUCUUCCCCUCAGAGAGGGUUCUGUGCUCAGGCAUCCAAAUAGAGAAGCCAAUAAAAUGUAACAAAUUGCAGCGUGUACAGAGUUGAUCACAGAGUCACUGGUUUUGUUCAGCAACCCGUCAGCUUGCUGCAGAUUUAUCAUGGUCAUUUCCCCAAAGCUCUUCAAAGACCCUUCAAGAACACUCGAGGCUCAAAAGUCUUGACUUUUAAAAUAAAAGCAUAAAAACCCACUGUGCAUUAAGAAAAUGAGCUAAAAGCCAGAGACCGUAAAUAAAGAUGUCUUAGCUGUAAAUGUAUGUUAAAUGUAACGAAGGCUCGUGCUAAACAAACAGUCUUGUGCUAUAGAUCUUAGAUCAGAGUGCAAACAGAUUAAUGACUCAACUCUCAGGCUCUGAAAGCAGUUUGAAUUCUUUUGUAACGUGGCCUAAUUAUUUGACAAUGUAUUCUUGCUUGAAAGGAAGUGCGGGGCCCACCCACACAUUUACACAUGCUAGAAUCCAACUGUUAAUGUGACCAAGAUCAAAGCAGACUUGUCACUUCGACUACCUUUGCAGGCACUUCCGUUAAGCAGUUGCACAACUCUCUUUUUUUCUCACAGCAUGCUGGUGUGUGCAAAUUGUUUGAUUCAGCUUUGGCUGAAAAGGUGCCUUUAACACAAAAACAAACGAGCAAGGAGAAAAGGCGUGCUCAUGUGACUGACCUGGUAUCUAAAGUUUUGGUACAAGAAGACGCAGGUGGAAAAGAAGGCUCCGUUCAUUGAUAUGUUUGGUGCCCAACCCUUACGCCAAAUCUACGGUGCUCCACUUGGCGGCAUUGGAGGAGGUACCAUCACAAGAGGUUGGAGGGGGGAGUUCUGCAGAUGGCAACUUAAUCCUGGGAUGUACCACUACAAAACAGUCAUACCCAAUCAGUUCACUGUGUGUUUGCGUCGUGAAGGAAAAACUGUUUACCAGCAGGUGUUAUCUGUAGAGCGUCCACCUACAUUACAAGGCUGGAACUGGGGCUACUGCGGGGAGUACGCCUUCUAUCACGCCUUGUAUCCUCGCGCCUGGACGGUUUAUGACCUGCCAGGACAGAACGUCACCCUGACCUGCAGACAGAUUUCCCCAGUCAUCCCUCAUGAUUAUCAGGACUCAAGUCUCCCAGUUGCAGUAUUGGUGUGGGACAUAGAGAACAAGAACGAGUACGAUCUUGAUGUCUCGAUUAUGUUUACCAUGGUCAACGGAUCAGGACAAAAGGACGACAAGUGUGGCGGACACUGGAAUGAACCAUUUCACCUGGAGAAGGAGGGGGAGGCGGUGUCUGGGGUCCUACUUCAUCACUGUACUGCAGUGAACCCUUACACUCUGUGCAUCGCAGCCCGAGAGCAGUCUGACAGGGAGAUCAGCCACCAGACAGCGUUCAGUCCAAAGGGACCCUGCUUCAGUCUGUGGAACGACCUCAUCGAUGAUGGACGGCUGGACUCUCCUACAGGAUCCAGUCCACCAACAGUUAAAGGAGAAAAGGUAGCUGCGGCAGUAGCUGUGGGCUGCUCUGUGCCAGCUCAGGGCCAUAACUCACUGGAGUUCUGCUUGGCCUGGGACAUGCCCAAAAUUACCUUUGGGUCUCGGGAGAAGGAGCACAUGAGGAGAUACACUCGUUACUUUGGGACCAAAGGAGAUGCAUCCCCCUCACUCAGCCAUUAUGCUCUAACACACUACAAGCAGUGGGAGAAAAGCAUUGAGGAGUGGCAGAGACCCAUACUGCAGGACAGUUCUCUACCUUCCUGGUAUAAGUCAGCACUGUUUAACGAGUUAUACUUUGUGGCGGAUGGUGGGACCGUGUGGACGGAGAUAAUGGAGGAUGUUGACAUCAGUGGCGGCAUACGUAGCGAGGACGGAGGUCUGCCAGCUCAACCCACUGUCAUCAAGGAGUAUGGACGUUUCGCUUACCUAGAAGGUCAGGAGUACAGAAUGUACAACACAUAUGAUGUGCACUUCUACGCCUCUUUUGCACUUAUCAUGCUGUGGCCCAAACUUGCCUUGAGUUUGCAGUACGACAUUGCUGGCAGUGUGGUUCAGCAAGACCUCACGGAGAGACUCCACCUAAUGAGCGGACAGUAUUCUCCCAUCAAAACCAAAAAUGUGGUGCCUCAUGACAUCGGAGACCCAGAUGACGAGCCCUGGGUGAGGGUGAAUGCCUACCUCAUUCAUGACACCGCACACUGGAAGGACCUGAACCUGAAGUUUGUCCUGCAGGUAUACAGGGACUUUCAUCUUACCCAGGACAGGCAAUACCUCCAGGACAUGUGGCCCAUCUGCCAGGCAGUGAUGGAGUCCGAGUUGAAAUUUGACCUGGAUGGAGAUGGCCUAAUAGAGAACUCUGGAUAUGCUGACCAGACCUAUGAUGGCUGGAUAGUGACUGGACCAAGUGCCUACUGUGGUGGUAUGUGGGUGGCAUCGCUCUGUGUGAUGUGUAAAAUGGCCAGACUGUUGGACAGCGAGGAGUUGUACCGUCACUACAAAGACCUGUUGGACAGAGGCAGUGCUGCUUUUGAGAAACUACUGUGGAACGGCAAAUACUACAACUAUGACAGCAGUGGGAGAGAUCUUUCUAACAGUGUCAUGUCGGACCAGUGUGCUGGCCACUGGUUCCUGAGAGCAUCUGGGCUGGGAGACGGAGAAUUUCAGGCCUUUCCAAAAGAAAAGAUCCAAAGUGCACUAAAAUCUGUGUUUGACUUGAAUGUAAUGAGCUUUGCUGGAGGCCAGAUGGGGGCAGUCAAUGGCAUGCGCCCUGAAGGAAUCCCUGAUCGCUCCAGUGUUCAGUCUGAUGAAGUGUGGAUUGGAGUUGUAUACGGUCUGGCAGCCACAAUGAUCCAUGAGGGAAUGCAGGAGGAAGGUAUGCGUACAGCGGAGGGCUGCUACCGGACGGUGUGGGAGAAGCUGGGCAUGGCCUUUCAGACCCCAGAAGCCUACUGUGAGAAGAAUAUCUAUCGUUCUCUAGCCUACAUGAGGCCUCUGAGCAUUUGGGCCAUGCAGCUCGCCCUGAACACUUCACAGAAGGAUCAGACCACAACAGCUUAGACUGGAGUCACAUACUGAACUAAGACCCGAGUCAUUACAGGAGGGAACAGGAGUUCCUAGAAACUCCGCUGUAGCCACCACUUUGAUCUGGACUGACACUUUGAGGUGCUGUUUAACUGUUUACAGACCCAGAAUUAAAUUUUCCCAAGUUUGUUUCACUGUAAAUGUUUGAGGCUAUGGUACCGGAUUGUACAUUUUCCUCUACAAAGACAGUAGGUGUGAAAUAGUGAUCAUAUUGUUAGGCAAGCACAUUUGAUUUUCUUUCUGUGUAUGAAGUGUUAGCCAGGUAAUAGCAAAAAAUAAAUGAAUAAAUCAUAGCCUGUGUCUAUUAAACAAAUUACUUUGUUACAGAACAUCAAAAUACUGUUUGCAUACACAUAAAAAAGCAAACACUACACUUCGCUGUUCACAGUCAUGGCUAUAAUACCUGCAACAUGUUUAUUAUAUGAUUUUCUUUAUCCCCUCCCUUCAUCCCAACUUGAUUGCUGUAGUAAGUGGUGUAAUUUUUGAUGAGUGGUUUUGGAGAUUAAGCCUGUAGUGAAAAAAAAAUUAUAUAUAUAUAUAUCUUUUUUAUAUAGAAUUUGGUGCAUUCUUGUAUGUUGACCAACUAUAUCUACAGUAUAUAAAUGUGGCAGCAAAAUUUUCCGUUUUGUAAAAAUAGAAUAUUCAUGACAAUCAUGCUGAAUAAAUGACUGAAUAACA